UAUCUAUAAAGAAUUCAGGGAUUUUAGCAUUUAUUCACAAGAAUUUUCAACGAAAAAAGCUCUUUGUCUGUGAUUCCACUUGGUCAGUUUUGACGGCCACGCCAACCAUGCAGGCUCCCUAUUAAUCGGCUCCGCGCCUCGUCACUAUCAUUAUGAAGUCUGUAGUUUAGUCAUCUAAAACAUUAAAUAUAACACCCACCUAUUUAAUACCCAAAUGAAUACUUUGUUUUGACAGGAAUACUUACUCUAUGGACAGUCAUUUUUUAAAUCUGAUAGACAGGCUUGGUAUCAUUCUUAUUUUUAAAUGAAUGUGCUCCAUUUUUGCAUUCAUUUUGGGGGACAUUCAUCACUUCAUUUGAAUACAGCACCUACUCGAAAACUUUAAAUUUCCUCCUCAAAUAAUGGGACUUUAUUUUGAAAGCAAGUCAAACGGAUGAAGGAUUGUCACAAACCUUCCUGAUAAACUGACCAAUCCACUUGAAGGGGCGGGACUUUUGCGGACCACAGCUAUUUCUUCUGUUAUAUCUUGGCUACUUCGCGUCUGGUCUUACUGUCUGACGAAACGGAAUUGUUCGUCGUUUUCAACAGAUUCCUCUUCCAGGAUUCCUAAAAUGUUCCUCCAACGUCAUCGGUAACAGCGAAAGAAAGACUGAACGACGGACAAACAGUUUUAACUUUACAAUUUGAAACGCUCCACAACAGGACUAUACCCUCUCCUUUUUUCUUCUUUGGACUUGAAGUAGACGCAGUGUUUUGAGUUCCUUCUAACGUGGUGACUUUUGGUUUUAAAAGCAACUUUUCUAUGCUUCCAUCCUUGAGAGGAAGCAUUUCAGAGCCUUUUUGUACUUUUUUCGGAAAUGCGAUAUUACUCUUAUGAGUAGGAAUGGCCUGUUUUUCUCCAUAGCUUCAUGUAAAGUGUUAUUUUUUCACGUCCAGCUCUUGGCUCAGGAGACCAAAUUGCUGCAAGUUGUGGACACACGAGCGCGUGUAGCGCAUCGACUUUGGCGUCAAUGGAUCGUCACUUCAGUUUGAUUUCGAUUUGGCUCCAACUGGAACUUUGCGCCAUGGCUGUCCUUCUCACUAAAGGGGAAAUAAGGUGUUACUGUGAUGCACCUCACUGUGUGGCCACAGGAUACAUGUGCAAGUCUGAGCUAAACGCCUGCUUCACCAAGGUGUUGGACCCACUAAGCUCCAACUCUCCCCUCACACACGGGUGUUUAGACCCCAUCGCCAACGCUGGCGACGUCUGCAGCAACCAGAGGGCCUCAGACGCCCUCGCCGGUGCCGCCACUCUGGACUGUUGCCACGACGACAUGUGUAACUACAGAGGCCUGCAUGACCUGGCACACACAAGGGACUCCACAGAUCAUGGUCGAUACCAGCAAGAGGGCAACAACAGAAACCUGGUGACGCGUGUUCAGGAGUUAGCCUCGGCCAAGGAGGUGUGGUUCCGAGCUGCGGUGAUCGCCGUCCCCAUCGCCGGCGGCCUCAUACUGGUGCUACUCAUCAUGUUGGCGCUGCGUAUGCUGCGCAGUGAGAACAAGCGGCUACAGGAUCAACGGCAGCAGAUGCUGUCGCGGCUUCACUACAGCUUCCACGGCCACCAUACCAAGAAAGGCCAUGUGGCAAAGCUGGACUUGGAGUGCAUGGUGCCCGUCACGGGUCACGAAAACUGCUGUCUGACCUGCGAUAAGAUGAGGCAGACGGACCUCAGUAAUGAUAAGAUACUAUCCCUCGUCCACUGGGGAAUGUACAGCGGCCAUGGCAAGCUGGAGUUUGUAUGAUUCCCUGUCUAGGAGAAACUCAAGUGUUGCAGACGUUUUUUUUUUACUGUGGAAAAAAACAUUCCCAUUUUGUCUCACAUUGGACUGUUGGGUCUGUGAUUUCAUUUAUUUUUAACAGUGGCAAAAAAAAAAAAAAAAAAUACGAGACUGAUCUCAUGCCGUGUGGUUUUUGCUAGAGGAGCACUUUACUUGAAAAAUGAAAAGGCUAACCAGCGAGGAGCCGUGUUUAAAACCAAGAGGGCGGGGACCGAGGUGGAACGAGAGCACCCGAAAAUCCUGGACCUGUACACUGCGCGCUGAAGGAUUCCACAUCAAUCCGAAUUUUGCACAUUUGUAUAAAAGUUGUUGCUGAAAAAGUAAUUUUUACACUGACGCCAGGGUACAAAGACUUGUUUGAGGAGUUAAAAGUGUAGGUGUGCGCACUCCUCUGUGUACAUUCAAGCUUAUUGUAAAGAUUUUGAAAGUAUAUAUAUAUAUUUUUUGUCUGAUUCAAACUGUCCAGUGUGUCUUGUUUUAGUUGAAUGUUCACCAUCGCUCUGUGUGAUCAGACUUUAAGCUUGAUUGAGCGUGAAAGGCUUCAUUAAAAGUGACUUUUUAUUUAUUUGACUUAUUGAAGUUUUUUUUUUUUUCCCCCCUCAUAGAUGCCGGUUAAUUAUACCGGGGAUGCACACGCAAUUGUGGUUAUAUUUCUGGAUAGGGCAGCGUGUAUGAAGCAGGAUGCAAAAGUGUGCCUAGCAAGGUGAUGUCUGUGUGGGGGUGAAGUUGUGAACAGUGAGGCCUUGUUUCGUAGUUGAGCUGCUUCCCCUCAGAGGUUAAGUUUUUUUCCCCGUCUGCACUGCUUAUACCUGGUUCUUCUGGUGUUGGUAGAUAUAUGAUAGCCCCUGUCUACUAGCACGUGUGCACUGUUAUGAUUGCUAUUUGCUGGCAAAGGUUUCUGAGCUCAUGUUUUUUUUCAUGAAGACAAACUCAACCAUUCCAACCAAUAUUCAGGGUUCCGCGAGUGCUUUUUUAAAGUAUCUUAAAUAAAAAAUCCGGAUAAUCAAGGUCUUAAAUUGUCUUAAAUAGAGGUCGACCGAUAUGGGAUUUUCAAAUGCCGAUGCCAAUGCGGAUAAGUUAAAAAAAAAAAAAAAUCAGCCGAUUGCCGAUUUAUUUAUUUUUUUGCCGAUUUAAUUUUUUUUUUUAAAGCAAGUAUAUUAUAAGGGCAAUCAUUAAAAAAUUGCUUCAACAGCGUCAAAUUUAAAAUGAUGACCUGAGACAUAAAUGAUUAAUUCAGUCUACAGUGGUAUGAAAAAGGUAUCUGACCCUUUUGGAAUUUCUUACAUUUCUGCAUAUAAUCACAUUGAAAUGUGAUCUGGUCUUUAUCAAAAUCACACAGAUGAAAAAACAGCGUCUGCUUUAACACCACCCAAACAUUUAUAGGUUUUCAUAUUUUAAUGAGGAUAGUAUGCAAACAAUGACAGAAGGAGGAAAAGUAAGUGAAGCAUCAUUUUUAAUAUUUUGUGAAACUUUUGAAUUCAUUCUUCCAUUAAUGAUUGCAAGUUGUCCAGGCCCUGAGGCAUCAAAGCAGUACUAAAUCAUGAUGCUCCCGCCAACAUGCUUUACGGUGGAGAUGAGUUGAUGUUGGUGAGCUGUUACAUUUUUCCUCCACACAAGAUGUUCUGUGUUACUCCCAAACAAUUCAACUUUGGUUUCAUCAGUCCACAAAAUAUUUGCCAGAACUUAUCUGGAUUGUCCAAGUGCCUUUCUGUGAACAUUAAACGAGCAACAAUGUUUUUUUUUUUAGGCAGCAGUGACUCCCUCUGUGGAGUCCUUCCAUGUACACCAUUCUUGGCCAUAGUUUUACAUAUAGUUGAUGUGUGCACAGAGACAUUGAACUGUGCCGGUGAUUUCUGUACAUCUUUAGCAGACACCGUAGUGUUCUUUUUUACCUCUCUGAGUAUUCUGCCCUGAACUCUUGGCGUCAUUUUUGGUGGACGGUCACUCCUUGGGAGAGAAGCAACAGUGCCAAACUCCAUUUAUAGACAACACCUCUCUGACUGUCGAUUGAUAGACAUCCAGACUUUUAGAGAUGGUUUUGUAUCCUUUCCCAGCUUCAUAAUAAUCAACAAUCCUUGAUCGCAGGUCUUCAGACAGCUCUUUUGGCCGAGCCAUGAUGCACAUCAGACAAUGCUUCUCAUCAAGACAUUUCUUAUCAGGUGUGUGUUUUAUAGUGGGCAGGGCAGCUUUAAACCACUAAUCAGUGAUUGGGCGCACACUUAACUUAAAAUGUUUGGUAAAAAUUGGUUUCAAUUGCUCUAAGUCUCCUUAGGCAGAGGGUUCACUUACUUAUUUUUCCCCCUUCUAUUAUUGUUUGCAUUCUAUCCCCAUUAAAAUAAUGAAAACUUAUAAUGUUUGGGUGGUUUUAGUUAAAGCAGACAUUGUAAUUUCAUCUAUGCAUGCAAUUUUGACAAUGAUCAGAUUACAUUUGAUGGUGAUUUUAUGCAGAAAUGUGAAAAAUUCCAAAAGGUUUCGAUACUUUUUAAUACCACUGUAGUGCCACUAAGCCAACAAACGCAACAGUUACUUUUAUGAUUACACACAUUGAGCAAGAACAGUACAUUAUUUUCAAAUAAUUAAUUCCAUCAGGUCGUCACUACGAACUGUAAACAAGUGAGAGUUUAAUAAGAUGCUCGCCAUGCUACUGCUAAUGCUAACGCAAAUGCUAUGCUCACACUACAAGCAGUGUUGUUAAUCUUACUUGAAAAAAGUAAUGUUAGUUACAAAUUACUUCUCCCAAAAAGUAAUUGAGUUGGGAACGCAGUCACAUCAACGUAAGAGAAAUUACAGUAAUUUUCGGCCUAUGAGUCGCAAAUUUUUUCCCUCAUUUUGAAUCCUUCGGCUUAUAGUCCAGUGCGGCUUAUUUGUUGAUUUAUUUGGGUUAAUACGUAACACUUUAUUUGACGGCGGCGUCAUAAGACCGCCAUAAUUAUGACAUGACACUAUCAUGGGCAUUAAUGAAUGCUUAUGACAGAUGUCAUUAAGUGUCACCUGCAAAAUUAUGUCACUAACUCCAUUUAUGUCCAGCUCGGAUCUUUUACAUCUAUUCAAAAGUGAGAUAAUUUGCCAGGUUAUACAAAAUGACAUCUGUCAUACUCAUGGCAGUGUCAUGUCAUACUUACGACCGUCCUAUGGCGCCAUUGUCAAAUAAAGCAUUACCAAAUACUAUAACUACCAAUUAAUGAAACAACUGGAACAGUAACUGCAGAAAUAAUUAGCACCGAACAUGAAUUUUGAUUGUUAUUUACAUCUGUAGCGCUACAAUGCAUGCUAGGAGGCAUGUUGGACGAAAGUAGUGUUGACAGCAGGUGGCAGCAGAGGUUGACUGUAUCCCCCAAGUGAGCAGUGAUAUGCAAAUUAAGCUUCUUGAAGCAAUGAAACUUUGCAGCUAAUUGGUUCAAAGCUUCAUGGUAAUUCAUUUGGUUUAUGACAGUCUUAUGAUGCCACUGUCAAAUAUAGUGUUACCGAUUAAUAUCUUUUGGUGUAAAUAUCUCAUAAUACUGUGAGGACAGCUGCAGUUUAUACUCCGGUGUAGCUUAUCGCUGAACAAAUGCCGUUUUCGUGUCAAAUUUGGUGGGUGGCGGCUUUUAGUCGGUUGUGCCUUGUAGUCCGAAAAUUAUGGUAAUCAAAAACUUUUACUUACUUUACUUUACCCAGAGACUUCAUAAUGAUAUUGAUGGGAGACGUGGAUCGGAGGCGAUUAAUAGGGGGCCUGCAUUGUUGGCGUGGCAGACAAAGAGCUUUUUUCGUUGUAAAUACUUGUGACUAAAUGCUUAAAUCCCUGGAUUCUUUAUAGAUAUGGAUGUAAAACAGUCUCGAUUCUUGAUUAAAAGCCAAAAAAAAAAAACAUGCAGUUAGCUUUUAUUUUACAUAAAUAUGUCGAAGUACGAUGCUAGUCUGUCAGUCAAUGUGGUGGCUGCCAUAUGUAAACAGAGCUUUUCUGGUGAAAAUUCUUGUGAGUAAACGCUUAAAUCCCUGAAUUCUUUAUAGAUAUGGACGUAAGACAGUCUCGAUUCUUGGUUAAAAGCAAAAAAAAAAAAAAAAAUAGUGCAGUUAGCAUUUAUUUUACGUAAAUACUGUAUGUCGAAAAAUGAUGCUAGUCUGUUAGUCAAUGUGGCGGCCGCCUAAUGUAAACAGAGCUUUUCCGGUGAAAAUUCUUGUGAAUAAAUGCUUAAAUCCCCGAAUUCUUCAUAGAUAUGGGUGUAAGACAGUCUCAAUUCUUGGUUAAAAGCAAAAAAAAGGUGCAGUUAGCAUUUAUUUUACUUAAAUAUCUCGAAGUCCAAUGCUAGUUUGUUAGUGAAUGUAGCUAGUGGCCGCCAUAUGUAAACAGAGCUUUUCUGGUGAAAAUUCUUGUGAAUAAAUGCUUAAAUCCCCGAAUUAUUUACAGAAAUGCACGUAAGACAGUCUCGAUUCUUGGUUAAAAGCAAAAGCAAAAAAAAAAAAACAUGCAGUUCGCAUUUAUUUUACGUAAAUAUGUUGAAGAAUGAUGCAAGUCUGUUAUUUAAUGUGGCGGCUGCCUUAUGUAAACAGAGCCUUUCUGGUGAAAAUGAUUGAGAAUAAAUGCUUAAAUCCCUGAAUUCUUUAUAGAUAUGGACGUAAAACAGUCUCAAUUCUUGGUUAACAGCAAAAAAAAAAAGUGCAGUAAGCAUUUAUUUUUCGUACUGUAAAUACAGUAUGUCGAAGAAUGAUGCUUGUCUGUUAGACAAUUUGGCGGCAGCCUUACAACAAAGAGCUGUUUACAUUGAAAAUUCUUGUGGAAAAAACGAAAAAUAUAAUAAUUACCUUGAAUCCUCGAACAAAUCACUCCUGAGACAACCCUUCCUGUUUGUAUGUGGCACAGCUUUCAUACUAUUUGAACAUGAAUCCGGCAUUGGAUGUGUUGCUGCGACCGACUGAAGCGGAUUGUGGGAUGGCUCCCUACUUGAAGGCAUGGCGCAGUGAAGGUUGAAUCUGACCCGUCAAUAUCAUUAUGGAGUCUAUGUUUUACCUUUACUUUAAAACCUUUUACUUAAGAACCGGGUGGCCCCUGGUGAAAGCAACAGAAGUGCCCAGUACAAAAUACGGAUGUGACAAUAUAUUGAAAAGGUGCUAUCUACUUUGUAGCCCAAAAGGUUAUCGAUAUGCUCCCACCAAAAAUCUAUAUAUAUCGUUUUAACAAGGUCGACGUUAGCUCACUGGCUGCCACUGAUGGCGCUAAACAUCCAAUUCAUUUUGACUUGAUUGGACGUCUGCCGCUAUCAAUGGCACUGAAACCACAGCAUUCACAGCCAACUUUGGGGCGAUUUACAGGUCACUUCCGGUUAAUUUUACGACAUUUACAGGUUUCAUCCUGUUAAUUUUACUAUUCGUUUGGGGACAUUCUUGAGUCACUUCCUUUUCACUAACCCAAAUUCAUCAGGAAAUGACCUGUUAAAGUGCGUACUACAGGAUAAAAAAAAAGUCUUAAAUAGCAUUAUUAUGUGAAUUAGGAUCAUAUUUUGCAACGAUUCAACUAUAUACAACAAUUUGGCAAAGUGCAGAUGACGAGAAAUUAGUCUUUUAAUCCGCCGUUUAGCCAUGCCUACCAUUGUAGGGCUAUAGCGUCCCCAAAAGGAGGAUGACGUCGGCAGGAGAAUGGUCUCAUCUGUUUUACUAAUCAGCCCAUUGAGAGGGAAUUAUUCAGAAUGAGGAAAAUACGCGAAGAGAGCCGCAAAAUGUCAUUGUUGCGACAAGACGCCGGUCGUCGGCCUAGUGGCAUUCUCGGUGGUGGACAAGGGGCUUUGUCAGCCACAAAUGCAAGCCACCUCAGUAUUAAAACAUGUGCCAUGAUCCCAGUAUUUGACAUAAUACAAAACACGAUGUUUACUCACUUCCUUGUAAGUCCCAUUGUCCCACAGUUGUCACACACUUGUCUUGGCUGAUCUCUGGGUGAACCGAAACUUUCUGAAACCCAAAAAGGCUCACCCGCCUCUCCCUGGUGCAGCUACAAAAGCCUGCAGCCGUUUGGCUUGCGUGAUGCAAAAAAUAAACGAAUUAAUCUGCAAAAUCAGCUGAAUCCGCAGUCCAUCUGCAUGCUAUAAAGCAUGUACUGCAUGUACUGUAUAACUGUAUUGUGAGAUGCUGACCCGGGUGACGUCACAUUCGCAUUCGUCCUAAACCCGAGACUGAAGCAGGAAGUCCCUCAUUUUCAUGGUGCGGGGUUCAAAAAUUGAAUAUAUAAAAUGAUCGCUUCCACGUCCAAGCGGUCCAUUUCAUUCAGGAACAUAAAACACCACAUUAAAUAUAAACCCCGUCUGCGUGGCUGUCGCGCGCCCGGUGGGGCUUGCGUGCUGCUGGAUGUGGUAGGGCAUGCUCGGGUUGGGGGUUCCGGUGCCGGGAUUGGCGAUGAGGCGGCGUAGGGUUGGUCGCCAACGGGCUUACACUCAUAAGAGAUUCACACGAUUACUGGGUUCUAGAUCACAGAACUGAUUUGUGUACACUCUACCCCUUUCAAUCACUUAGCUUAUAGUCUUAUAGACACCCCCACCCCCAUUCUCGUCUUUCACUGGCCAAUUGGCCCCCACAUGGUGUAAACCGGAAAUACAUCUCGCUGACGAUAGCACCAGCAUAUUAGUAACUAGUUUAGAUGUUCAAUGUAUUUCUUGUUGUUGUUUGUGUAUGUGUUUCUUUUCUUUCUUCUCUUGUAUUUCUUUUCUUCUGUCCCCCCAUAAUCCCUUCCUGUUCGCUGCUUUGUCAUAAUAAAAAGGUAUUUUGAAUGAUCACAAUGGGAGUAUGUCAGACUCUCCAUGUGAAACAUUAAAACUGUUCAGAAUCCGGGCACUUAGACUUCCAUUCUCUGUGUCAAACAGCUGAAC